AUGGAGAAUGAUCCGGCUGCCCUAGAAAAUCCGGUUGCCCUAGAAAAUUCUGAUCAGGCAGUGAAGUGCACCUCAGAUGAACAGGUUCCAAGCCAAGCUGCUGCUAGAUCAUACCAAUGCUCUUUUUGCAAGAGAGGGUUCUCUAAUGCACAGGCACUGGGAGGCCACAUGAAUAUCCACAGGAAAUACAAGGCCAAGCUCAAGCAAGCCGCGAACGAAGCUCAACAAGCAGUACUACUUGACAUCCCAAAGACCACUUCUUUGUGUCCUCCGGUAGUACUAAUCCCUAACACAGACGCAAUUCAGCCAUUGAAAUUCAUGUCCAGUACUACUACUGAAGAAAAAGUCACAACCAAGUGGCCAUGGAUGUCAUCUUCUGAAAAUGAUGAUGCUACUAAAAGAGAUGAAAUCCAUGUGGGAGAGCAUCGGAAGCUGCCACUUUUUGCUGAAACAACAUCAAAUACUGCUGAUCAGAAGCUGAGCGUUCACGUCGCUGUGGAAACUAAAGAGGGGUUUUCGUCGAGCCAUUGUUCAUCUGGACCAGAGUUGGACCUUGAGCUUAGGUUGGGGAAUGAGCCUCAAGAAUCACCGGCUACUAAAAAGUUCUUUUGA